CGGCUGCCAAGAGCAAUGCUAUCCUGAUGAAUGUAUUAACUCAAAGCUGAGCAUCUUUUGUUCAACCAAGAACUGCUCACUUGGAGGAGUCUGUGGGAAUUCAUUUGAGAGGGAGGCCGAUGGAUUGACCCUUUUCCGGUCUCGCGUUGGGAUCGUUGUAUAUACAAGAAAACCUAUCGAUCCAGGGGUGAUAAUUGCAGAGUAUUGUGGACAAUUGCGAGCCUACGAUGGCAUGUACAAGAGCAAUGUGGAUCCAGCAAAGUUGAAACACAAUACCGGGUACUCUAUGCUUUUACAUACGCGUCCUACCAGAACGGGAUACUUUGCAUUCGUCGAGGCAGUGAAGUACGGUGGCAUUGCUCGAUUUAUUAAUCACUCAGACUCGCCAAACACUGCAUUUCGCGAAUUGCGAAAUAGAAGAUCAGUGAAAGUGGGAGUGGUAUCUACUAGGACUAUAAACCCUGGCGACGAACUAACGGUGGAUUACGGGGACGAGAUUUGGUUCGCGUGUGCUCCAACCGAGUAGUACGAUCCAUACACGUAUGGCUGGGAUCAGAAGACCUUGUAUUAGGAGAAAUACGCGAGUGUUGCAGCCCUGCAACGAUAGUG